UGCAGCCCACAAAAACUUACAAAUCUCUCUCUCUUCUUCUGACUCAGAGAAAUCUCAGAUUAGGGUUCUUGUUUUGGUUCCAUCCUUUAAUCUGUUGAUGUAUUUGCAUGUCUCUGAAACUAAUUCAAUGGUUUUUAUCAGAGAAAUGAGCUAUGUAAAAUGGGUUAUGGUGUGGCUGAUUGUGGGUUUUUGGAUUACUUCUUCUUCCCAUGGUUUAACUCAUCCUAGUGAUGUUUUUGCUAUAAAUGGUUUAUAUGCUGCAUUGGGUUUUCCAAUUCUUCCUGGUUGGAUUUCAUUUGGAGGUGAUCCUUGUGUUGAUGCUUGGCAAGGUGUUCAAUGUGUGGAUUCAAACAUCACUCAAAUAGUUCUUAGUGGUGUUAAUUUGAGAGGUCAAUUGGGUGAAAGCUUGCAGAAUUUUGCUUCUAUUAUCCAAUUAGACUUGAGUAACAACAGCAUUGGUGGUGGCAUUCCAUCAAGUUUACCCAUCACUAUCAGAAACUUUUAUCUUUCGGGCAAUCAAUUGACCGGAAACAUCCCAACUAGUCUAUCUUUACUAGGUCAAUUAACCGAUUUGUCAUUUAGCAGUAACAAAUUAACUGGUCCAAUUCCUGAUGCCUUUCAACGGCUCACCAAUUUGAUCAACUUGGAUUUAUCGGGUAAUAAUCUUAGCAAUCAACUGCCUCCUUCAAUGGCUAAUUUAUCAUCUCUUGUUACAUUGCAUUUGCAGAACAAUCAACUCAAUGGAAGACUCGAUGUUUUGCAAGACCUUUCCCUCAAAGACCUGAAUGUUGAGAAUAACAUGUUUACUGGUCCUGUACCUCCUAAAUUACUAAAUAUACCAAAUUUCAGGAGUGGCGGGAAUCCGUUUAACAAAACUGUUAUACCCUCGUCUCCUUCUCCAUCUCCUUUUUUAUCUCCUCCCAGAGUUCCAUCUCCGGAUAUAGGCUCAGGUGGGCCGAAAAAUAGACCAUCAACAGAUUCUGCACCCAAAACGCCAAAUUCUAAAAAUGGAAAGAGAUUUUUGAAAACCAAAAGGGGCGUUUUGAUUAUUGUUGGAGGGAUUCUAGCAGUAGCUGCAAUUAUUUCUUUGGGACUAUUCUUGUUUAUUUGUAGAUCCAAACGAAGACAAAUAACUAAUAAAAUAGACAAAAGUUCGGAUUUUAUCUCAAAACAGAAGGAGGAUCAUCAUUCUAUUGAUCAUGUAUCUAAUGUAGAAGAUAGUUUAAGGGUUGAAAAAACAAAUAAAGAAACCACUAAGAACCUUAAUUCUGUAAGGACAUUCACUGUUGCGACACUUCAGCAAUACAGCGACAGUUUUUCUCAAGAGAAUCUCAUUGGACGAGGUUUGCUUGGUUCUGUUUAUAGUGCAAAACUUCCCACAGGAGAGAUUCUAGCAGUCAAGAAACUGGACACGACGAAUACUAUUUGUGGGUCGUUAAGUGAGGAACGAUUUCUGGAGCUUGCAUGUAGUGUUUCUAAGCUUAGACAUGGAAAUGUAGCUGAGAUGAUGGGAUAUUGUGUUGAACAUGGACAAAGGCUACUUGUGUAUAAAUACUACCAAAAUGGAACCAUUCAUGAAGCAUUGUAUUCUAACGAGAACCUCCACAAGAGCCUGUCGUGGAAUACUCGAAUUCGAUUGGCUCUUGGUUCUUCGCGAGCAUUAGAGUAUCUGCAUGAAGUUUGUGAACCACCAAUUGUGCACCAAAACUUCAAGUCUUCCAAUAUUCUCCUCGACGAUCAGCUGGCAGUUCAUGUUUCAGAUUGCGGUUUGGCUCCUAUAUGGCCGCCAGAGUCCCUAAAACAGUUGAUGAACGACGGUUAUGGUGCCCCUGAGGUGGAGUUGGGAGCCUAUACUUGCAAGAGUGACGUCUACAGCUUUGGGAUAUUAAUGUUGGAGCUUCUUACUGGUCGAAAAUCAUGCGACAGAUCAAGGGCAAGAGGAGAGCAAUUCUUGGUUAGAUGGGCGAUUCCUCAGCUUCAUGAUAUCGAUGCAUUAUCGAAAAUGGUUGAUCCUUCUUUAAAUGGAGCAUAUCCAUCAAAGUCUUUAUCACGGUUUGCUGACAUAAUUUCCCUUUGUGUUCAGCCUGAGCCCGAGUUCAGGCCUCUGAUGUCGGAAAUUGUUGAGAGCCUUUUACAUUUGAUAUAGCAAGAAGUUGUGAAGACUGAAUGAGACGAGUUGUGAAUUGCAUAACAAAAUAGGAAGAACCAUAAUUAGAUUCUUUAGUUUUUAUUAUUCUUUCUAUGAUUUGGUUUUAUAUUUGAAAUUGUUUUUAUGUAGACUUGUGAUUUAUAUAUCCAAAGUUUGUAUAAAAUUAUUAUCAUA